GUAGAUAAUUUUAUAAAUACUAUAACUCUAAAUUGAUGAUUAAGAUGAUAAGGCAAAGGAUCAUGAUCAACACUACACUACUAAGAAACAUAACUUCAACACCACCAGUACCUAUAUUUGGUCAAAAAUCCUCUGGGAUCGGAUUCACACAAGCAACUCACUCUGUUUCUACUUCUACCCAACCAAACAAUAAAGAUAUGGACAAAGGAAAGGAAGAGAUCAACACUAGUAAUCAAGAAACUGGAGACGUGAUGUCUUCCUUUGGAGAAGGGUAUUCUACAAGGUGUGAUGAAGAAGGAUUUGGUGGAAUCUAUGGGGGAAAGCAGUCUCUCAAGCCCCAAAAUGAUCCUGUUAUUGAUCCCAACCAUUCUGAGUAUGACAAAACGCAGGGGAGUGAAGUGAAGGAGAAAGAGAAAUCACGACACCAGACUGGCCCCAAUCGUCAAUAGUGGAUUACUCCUUAAUUACACUUUAAUUAAUCUUGCAUUAUCUUUUUUUUUUUGGAAGAAAUUCUGUGUUUUCAACUGGGGAUUAUUUUCAGUUUCAGUUUAAUUAUAUGUUUUUAAGUUUUUAUAUCUAUAAGGUAGAUGGAGAAGAGUGUGUUAUAGAAUAUAGAUAUCUUGUAUGAGAGUUCAUGUAAGCUAAUAAAUUAAUAAAUGUAAUAUGUACUUUAUUUAGUAUAUUCCCUUA